AUGUCUCCAAAGUCUUCGGAUCGAGCUCCCUCCUCAUCUUUCUUUCAUACUCUCGCACAAGAACUUGACGAGGAAGGCCUCCACGCAUCAACCCCAGCAAGACCUACAUCGAAACCAAGAGGAAACAUGUCGAAACUGAAGGAAUUGAGUUCCCAAGAGCGAGAAGCUCUCGCAGAAAAGAACAAAGACAAGGGUAACGUUGCCUUUAAAGCUGGAAAAUGGGACGAGGCCAUUCGCUAUUAUUCCCGUGCCAUCAAGGUGGACGACAAGGAUUAUCUCUGUUUGGCCAACCGUUCUGCCGCCCACAUGCGCCGUGGAACCUACGACGAAGCCCUCAAGGAUGCCGAACGAGCCAUCAAGAUUAAACCCAAAUAUGCCAAGGGUCACGUCCGGAAAGCGGCAGCCUUGCACGCCAUGAAGAAAUACGACGAAGAAGUCCAAGCCAUCAAGGAGGGGCUCAAGAUUUGUCCCGACGAUUCCACCUUGAAACAAGGCCUCGAAGCCGCCAAGCGCAACAACAAUAGCAAGGCCACCGAAACGGCCGACAAGGCCAAGGAAACUCGCAAAGCCAAGCAGGAGUACCAGUCCUCCAAGGAUCGCAAAACCAAAACGGGUGGUGUCAAAAAGGAAAAGGGACCCAAAAAUGUCAGUCAGUUUGUCGCAGAAACAAAGAAAAUUCUAGAGUUGCAAAUGGCGGCCUUGCAAGCGCAGUUGGAUAUGGUCAAUGAAUUGACUCGAAUGACCAUCAAGGAGAAAUUGGAUCUACUCUUUAGUUUGAUGGAUAAGGACGGUGAUGGGACCAUUGAUGCCAAGGAACUGGCCGAUGGGUUGCGCAAACAGAAUGAUGGCCUCUCUUUUUCGGGGUCCAUUGAGAAAUCGAUCGAGAUGAUUGCCAUUUUCGAUGAUGAUGGAGAUGCUGAAUUGGACAGAGAAGAGUUUGAGCAUUUUGUGGAAAAAAUGGUUUUGGAAUUAGACUCGAGCUUCGAUGAGUUUGCAGAGUUCCUUGUCUACCAAAUCUUGUUCAGUGAAAAGAAGAAGGAGGAAGAGGAAGAGGAAGAAGUGGACUUGGAAAAGGUCAACCAAUUGGUCAAGGAAAGAGGAGAGCUGUUGGAUAGUCUCUCCGAUCCCAGAAUGAUGACCUUGUUUCGAUUGUUUGACAUUGAUGGGGAUGGUUCGGUCAGCUUCAAAGAGGUGGCUUGUGGUCUCUACCAUUUGACAAAAGACAUGGAAGAAUCGGCCAAAGCAACAACCGGCCUGUUGCUGAUGCUUGACAAGGAUGAUCAACGUGUUCUAGGUUUCCAACAAUUUGCCAAGCUGAUUCUUGCAAUUGCUGCUACUACUGGAAUUACCUUUGAUGAGGUUGCGGACGAUCUUACGCUGGCAUUAACCUCGGAAGACGCAGAACUAGAUGCCGCGGUGUUGGAACGAUUGACGCUGGCGGAUGAAGAAUACGCGCAAGCCAGGGACCAAGAACGAAAAUUGAAUCAGCACAGAGAAGAAGUAUUGAGCAUGGAUCCACUGUCGUACAAUCGUUCCGUGCGUCUGUUCGAUUUAUGGGAUGUCAAUGGCGAUGGAGAAAUAGACUUUGAUGAGUUGUUUGAGGGUCUCUGCAAGUACCAUGCCGCUGCCAAGGACAACCGCGACGAACGUGAAAUCGAGCUAAUUGCACAAAAGCUGAUGGAACAUCAAGACGUCGACGGUAACAAUGUACUGGAUCGAGACGAGUUUGCAUGUGCCAUGGUGAAAUACGCGGGGUUUGUCAAGGCCGAUCUGCACGAGUUGAUCGAUUAUAUGUGCGUGGUCACAAGCCUGGGCGAACAGGUUGCCAAUAAGCGAUACAACGACUAG